ACGUCGUAGUGCGCAUGCGCAGUGAGUUUGUGGCGGUGCGCUGAGGUGGACUUCCUCCGGUUUGGUCUGACAGAGAAGCAGCAGGACAACACUCUAGCCUCCCGACAACCCCUCAGACUCCAAUAUGAUUCGGAUAGCAGCUUUCCUCGCUCUGCUGGUGGUCGCCUGCUCGGGAGAGAGCUGCACGGACCCCGUCAUCUCCCCGUCGGCCUACACCACCUCGGACGCCGUCAUCUCCUCCGAGUCCGUAUUCAUCGUUGAACUCAGUCUGGCCUGUGCCAACGGAGCUCAGAGCGUGACUCUGUACGCGGAUGUCAAUGGAAGACAGUUCCCAGUGACCAGAGGCCAGGAUGUUGGAAAGUAUCAGGUUUCGUGGAGUCUUCCUCACAAACAGGCCAGCUCUGGAACGUAUCAGGUGAAGUUCUUCGACGAGGAGUCCUACAGCGCCCUGCGCAAGGCCCAGAGAAACAACGAGGACAUAAACGCUAUUCAGCCUCUCUUCUCCGUCAACAUCGACCACAGGGGUGCGUGGAGUGGUCCUUGGGUAUCGACGGAGGUGGUGGCUGCGCUCAUCGGCAUCCUGGUCUACUACUUGGCUUUCAGCGCCAAAAGCACCAUCCAAGCAUAAAGACAGAAACCACUUUUUAGCCACUGGAUCGCUGGAGAGGACUGAGCUGGUGGAGCUGGACCAGCGAUCUGUUAAUCAGCGCUGCGACGGGAGGACUCCACUCUGUCGCUCCCGCCGCACUGGGCCAAGGAGGAAAAGGAGCAGUCAUUGUGUUUUUUUUAUUCAGACUGUGUCUGUGUGCGAUCAGUCUUAAUUUACAGUUUUGUCUACGGAUGAAUGGGAUUUUUUUUUCUUUCUUUCUUUGGAGAAAUGUCCAGACCAAUAAGCCUGGAUAGAAUUAACAUUGAACAUAAGCCUUUUUGAUCUGGAACAAAUGAAACGGCUGCCAGUGUGGACAGUCGGGCUGGUGCAGACCCUCUGAACACCAAUAAAGGGAAGGUCUGGCCUUUCAAACAUAUACAACAUGUGGAAGAUGUUCCUGCUCGGAGCAGACCGACUGGUGAUGUCUCUUCCAGGAAAAUGAAUAAACGGCUUGUUUUCA